UAAAAUAUACAUUUCUAGAUAAGACAUACCUUAUCUGAAUGCAAUUGUUGUAGGGUGAUUGUCUCACAAUGGAGGUCGAUAUUUACUCAUUUUUGAACACAAUUCACCACUAAAUCAGUAGUUGCAGGCGUUGUGUUUGACUGACAUACUCUGGCUGCUUUGUUUAGGGUCCAGCACGCAUACAGUUAAUCGAGAUUGACAAACUCAAGCCAGUUGCGCAUGCGCAGGGGGCGCUGACUGAGGAAAGAGCCGGGGAGUAGUCAAACAGUCUCCGGUCAGAGAGAAAGAGCUCGGAGAACGAGAGGAGGCGAAACAACCCUUGUUCAGCUGGGGUUUCUCCCCCUUAAAUCAAUUAUGCUCGUCUCGCCGCUCCCGGUCGCUGAAUGGCGCUGGUUACCGUGCAGCGUUCACCGACCCCCAGCACCAGCUCCAGCCCCUGCGUCUCGGAGUCCGGUAGUGGGGAAGAUGACCGCCGCUCUCAGCCGAGGAGCAUCAGUGAAAGUUUCCUGACCGUUAAAGGAGCUGCUCUCUUCUUACCUCGAGGAAAUGGCUCCGCUACUUCGUCCGUCUCUCGCUUCGCACACCUACGAAGCAAACAUGCAGGGGACAUCCAGCAGCAUCUACAAACCAUGUUCACGCGCCUCAGACCAGAGGACAACAUCAAACUGGCGGUUCGUUUGGAGAGCGCCCACACUCAGAUCACUCGCUACAUGGUGGUGGUCUCAACGAAUGGCCGCCAAGACACGGAGGAGAGCGUGGUGCUGGGAAUGGAUUUCCAUCCAGUCGACAGCUCGUGUUCUGUGGGGAUGGUUUUGCCUCUAUGGAGCGACACGUUGAUACAUCUGGACGGAGAUGGGGGUUUCAGUGUGUCGACUGAUAACAGCGUGCAUGUAUUCAAGCCGGUUUCUGUGCAGGCCAUGUGGUCGGCCCUACAGUCCCUCCAUAAAGCAUGCGAGGUGGCUCGUUGUCACAGCUACUUCCCAGGCAGCUUGUUCCUCACCUGGGUCAGCUACUAUCAAAGCAGAGUCUACUCCGACCAGGCUCGCAUCAACGAGUGGAACGCCAUGCAGGACGUGCAGUCGCACCGGGCCGAUUCGCCCGUGCUCUUCUCUGAUGCACCUACUGAGAGAGAGCUGACGGAGCGUCAGGUCAAAUCCAGUUUGAGGGAGAUCAUGAUGCAGAAAGACCUUGAGAAUAUCACCUGCAAAGAGAUUCGAACUGAGCUGGAAAUGCACAUGACAUGCAACCUGCGAGAGUUCAAAGAGUUCAUAGACAAUGAGAUGAUUCUCAUUCUGGGCCAGAUGGACAGUCCUACAGAGAUCUUUGAACACGUCUUCUUGGGAUCCGAGUGGAACGCUUCCAAUAUGGAGGAGUUGCAAAAGAGCGGGGUUCAGUACAUCCUGAAUGUAACGCGGGAGAUAGAUAACUUCUUCCCCGGUGUAUUUGAGUACCACAACAUCCGUGUUUACGACGAGGAGGCCACGGACCUGCUUGCUUAUUGGAACGACACCUACAAGUUUAUAUCUCGAGCCAAGAAAGCCGGAGCCAAAUGCCUGGUGCACUGUAAGAUGGGCAUCAGUCGCUCUGCAGCCACAGUGAUCGCAUACGCCAUGAAGGAGUUCGGCUGGGAUCUGAGAAAAGCCUUCGAUUACGUCAAGGAGCGUCGAACCGUCACCAAACCGAACCCCUCUUUUAUGAGACAGCUGGAGGAGUAUCAGGGCAUACUGCUGGCCAGCAAGCAGAGGCACAACAAACUGUGGCGUUCCCACUCUGACAGCGACCUGUCUGAGCACCAUGAACCGCUUUCUAAAUCUUUCGCCCAACUGCACAGCCUGGGGCGCUCCGACCCCCAUAACCAGGCCGGCAGCGCGCCCGGUCCUUCUGUGAAAGAACUGCUGGAUUCGCUGGGAACUUCAGCCGCCACUGGCAAAGCAACGCACUCCACCAGCCAGCCCGACACUGGCAUCCGCUCCAAUCGGUUGGGCUCGGCGUCCUUUGAGGGCGUGGCAGCUCUCGCGGGCAAAACCGGAGCUCGAAGCCUCGACGCCCCUCCCCGGCCUGCCGUCAGCCAGAUGGACUCCCCUUGUCCCGAGUCCACAGCUGGCUCUGUGUCUCUGUUGUCUCCUCCACUCUCCAACGGCUCGUGCGACUCCGAGGAGCGGCCCUCGUCCCCUCCUCUCGCCCAGCCGAGGGCCGCCGCCGUGGCGCCGGAACCUCAAAAGACGGACGUGGCGACCGUUGCGCAACAUGUUUUCGUGGACCAGCCUCAGCUGCCGCUGUCCUUCCACCACCUCCCCCCCUCCCCUGCGCCAUCCCCAACUCCCGUCUGCAUGGACGAGGUGAUCAAACCGCAGGUGUUGUCGUGCUCUCUCCCCGUGAUGAAGCCAAGGCGUGUGUCGUUGCCGGAGCCCUUGGCGACACCAAGCGCCCGACAGGCUGGACCCCAGUGUCUGUCUGCACCGGCGCCUGGUAACAAAACCGACUGUGACCAACAAAUGUGUGGCUUGUCCUUGGAUGGUUUACCAGCACAUUCGCCCCCCGCUAGUGAUUUUAUGAGCCACCCUAACUCCAUUCCACAUGACAGCGGGGUGCUGUUCGGCCACAGCCAUGAUCACAUUAACUUUUUCAGUGCCAGAGAGAAGUUUAAGGGGAUGAGUCAAGAUGGUAAAACUCUCUGUGCUGCCGUGCAGCAGUCGCCCCAACUGAAGAGUUGUGGCAAGGAACAACAACCACUGCCUCAGGAGGUCUCCGUCGGGGAGGGGAAGGAGGAAGAGGAGGAGGAAGUAAAGGAGAUGACCGACCCUGUGCAGGUCACAGGACUGAAGCCUGCACUGCCCACAGAGCCACAGGGUCCCGAGGAUCAGGAAGUGGAGAAGUCGACACAGGAAAUAGACGAUGGAGAUGUUUUAUCACAGAAGGCAGCUGAUCAUGUUAAAGAGGAAGUCAAAAACCAAGAAGAAGAGGAAGAGGAGGAGGCUCCUGCCAGCCUGAGCAAGGAUUGGACGAGGGGGUCCGUGCGGCGCGUCACACGACAGCUGGAGCAAAGAAUGAAACGGGAGCACGAGACUCCGUCACCUUCAUCAUCUCCGCCGUCGCUCUCCGGCAGCUCCUCCAGCUCCCAGCGCCGUCCAGCCAGUGUCCACGCCGCGACGCCGUCGAAUCCCCAGAAUGCAUCGGGUGGCCCCCAAGUGUCAGAGGUUAGCAAUGUGGAGGGCGAGCAGGAGGAGACUGCACCAGGUCCGAGGCGGAGCGGUGACGUAGCCGACGCGGCUGCACUAGCGACUGAUGACAAAAGCACAAAAGGACACAAACUCCAGCCUGCUGAUAUUCCAUUGCUGUCGAACUCUUCUCCUUUCCGCCGCUCGGCCCGUUCUCCCUUUGCCUCUGUGAACUUCCUGUGUUUGGAGGGCGUGACGGAGUUGGAGUCGGGCACAGACUGGGACUGCUCCGCAGAGGGACCUCACGGUGACAUCAUCAUGAGGGAGACGUGGGAGACUCUGUGCGAGCUGGGGGCCUUCCUGCAGCAGGUGAGCAUGGACGGGGGCUGCAAGGAGAGGAGCGCGGCGGGCCAGCUGUUUGGCCUCAGCGCCGGCAGCACGCAGACGCGCCGCAGCGGCGUCCGAAAGAGGGUCAAAGAGGUGGAGGCGAGGAUCCGCCAGGCCGGACUGACCCCUCCGUCCCUGAUGAAGCGCUCGGCCUCUCUGGCCAAGCUGGGCUGCCUGGAGCUGCUCGCCAACGACCUGAGCGAGUGGGAGCUCAGCCGCUGCUCCGUAGCGCCGACCUCGGCGCGACCGCUCGCCCACACGGCGAGCGACGAGCCCAAGAAGCAGCGGGUUCACGGCUCUCCCUCCUCGGCCGGCGAGCAGCCGGCGGGCGCGCAGAGGCUUUCCGGAGAAAGUUCACCGGGAGCCUCUCCGCCGCCCGGUCCGCAGACGGGAAAACUCCCGAACUCUGACCAAGAGUGUCCGCACGUGUCCGGGCUCACACACAUUGCUACGAGGCAGCAAUAUGGAAGGACUCAUCCCCUGCGGCGGCUUAAGAAAACCACUGCGAGUAGCCUGUACCACACCAUGUAACCCUCACUGUGUGUGUGUGCGUGUGUGUGUGUGUGUGUGUGUGUGUGAUCAUGCACACCUGUGAGAAUUUGAAAUCAAGUGCAUAAUGUUGGAUUCAUUCAGCAAAACCAACCGAUGCCUCUUGCCUUAAAGGACGUGUGAUGGCGUUUCUGUACAUGUGCUCCUCUCAGGCUAUGAAGGCUCCAGUCACUUGAAAAUAAACACAUGAAUCAAAUUGGAAGAAGCGGCGAGUCGUUUGAACACUUUCAGAAGAAGUCAUUCGAAGAGCAGCAAAAAAAGCGAUCAUCAGAAGUGAAUAACUUGUGGCUGAUGUUCAUCUGCCUGAGCCGGCUCAUAUCCUCUCCUCCAUCAGGAACUUGUUCAUCGCGUCGGUCGACCCGAUGCGAGGUGAAUGGAGCGUCUGUUUUCCUCUUCUUUUGCGUCCUUAUCUCUUCAAUAUUUUCCCGUUGUGCUGGGUAGCAAAUCAUACAGCAGGUACAAUCGAACAGGUAAAUAAGUCCAACCGACAUCAAUCCAACAACCAGACUGACUUUUCAAAUCUGCAGAUUUGGUUAAAAAUGUGAUUAUUUGUCCGAAAUACUACAAUUAUAGUUACUUCUGGAGACUGAUUGUAAAUGUAGGCGAUGCUGACAGCAGCUCGUCUGAACCACACCCGAAAGAAGAAUGUUCUCAGAGCGGUUGACGGGGAAAUAAAAGUGAAAUAGCCGCACGAUGUUGUGUCAACACAAUGCAAAGAGAAAAGGCACGCGUGGUUUGUAUUGUUUGUUUUGGCUUCUCAAUACCUCUCAGUAAGUGAACCAAAUCUGACCUGCAGACACAUCGGGACUCCUGGAACAUCUCCGUCAGACAAUUUCAACUUCACAACUUGAUAAACUGAAGUAAACAACUCGUCCCCCUCGUGCCCUCUCACAGGUUUGAUGUGUGUGUGUGUGUGUGUGUGUGGUAGAAAGGCGAGGGGAUUGGGAGUUGAAGGCACAGUGUAAAUGUGUGAGUUUUCUUCUAUGUUCUCUUUGGGAUGUGACGGUCUAUAUUGUGAGUGUUAACAUUUUAGGAACUGUACAUGUUUUUAUAUCUGGUUUGUGUCCGUGUGUGAAUGUAGCACAACAACUUUUUUUCCUCAAGAGGUUUCCUAGUCGUUCUCCAUUUUGUACACGUUUUAGGAGUGUGUGCCUGUGACUGGCAAGUGAAGCUUCUCCACAGUAUCAGAAAUGUCUGUGCAGGGAGGCCUGUCAUACAUGCACUUUACUCCCUUUUUAUUGUUAAUGUGGCUCUUUUUUAAUGUAUGGUUGCUACUUUGGGGGAGCAUGCUUGGGUCGUAGCAGCUGUUGAGUAUGCGUGUGUAUUGUCCAACAAAUCUUUUGUGUGUUUUAUUUUAAACUAUCCGUGUAAAUAUUCUUUUAUAUAAUGUGCUUCAACUGUGACCAUUAAAUAAUGGAAAUCAUUGA